AUGUCAAGCACAAAGCCAAAAGCACAACGUCCACGAGUUAACGUUGAAAAAAAGGGUGAACCAGACAGGGCCCCGUGUGAUGUGGCGAUUUUAGGGGACUCUAUGAUCAAGCAUGUCGACGCUUGGAAACUUCGACAAAGCACAAACAAGAAGAUCAUUGUAAGAACUUUCUCUGGUGCCAAAACUGCUGACAUUAAGCACUAUAUAAAGCCGACUCUUUCUCUGAAUCCGAAGCAUAUAAUAAUUCACACUGGAACGAAUGAUUUGAAAGCCAAGACACCGGCUGACAUUGUUAGAGAUAUGCAUCGCCAACUAUUGCGGUCUUAUGUCAAUCCUGCUAUCCAGCGGAAGCUCCCUGAAAUGC